AGCUCCAGAGGAGAACAGAAAAUACAACUAUAACUGGAGGACCAACUUUUGGGCUCAGUGGUAUUUCCAGAGUCACUUUCUGCCAGCAGUCUCAGGAUAGAAGUGGAUUUCCUAAAGUAUGAGGACACAGUACAGAGCUCUAUACAGGACAAGUUAUACAGGUACAGCAAUUAUACAACAGAGCUUACUGGGAUUUAUGAGGUAUAAUGGAGAUUAUUAGUCCUUCAGGCAACUUUCUCUCCAGUUUUCUCAUCUUCCUCUUCUUUGAGACAUACACAUUGGCCUCAGAGGAGUUCUCAGUGAUUGGACCUACACAACCCAUUCAGGCCCAGGUAGGGGGAGAAGCAGCCCUGUCAUGCCAUCUUUCUCCCCAAAAGAAUGCUCAGGACAUGAAAGUGAUUUGGUCCCAAUCACUAAAAAUCGUGCAUCAUUAUGAACAUGGGAAGGAUGAGUUUAGAGAUCAAAGCCCUGAUUACCAGGGGAGAACAAAACUGAUGAAAGAUUCCAUCACUAGUGGAAAUGUCAUUCUGAGAAUAUGGAACAUUACAGCCUCAGAUGAAGGAUGGUAUAAAUGUCAUUUUGACAGCGAUUCUCAUCAAGAAGAAGCUAAUGUGAAACUAUGUGUCUCAGGUGAUGGAGCUGAGCAACAGAGCCUACCUUGGUUGAGUAUUUUCACUGGGAUAAUUAUUACAAACUGGAUACUGUCAUUUGUCUUUUCUGCAGUUUACUUCCUUCGAUACAAAGAACAUGGUCUCCAGAAACUUCCCUGGCCAUGGGAGAUAAAUGGAAUCCUGGCUGUGAUAUCAGCAUUUGAAAUUGGUCUUGCAAUUUGUUAUCUGUGGGUGUUUCAAAGAUUUGAAGGAUGUGUUUACAGAGAGAAGUCGGACUGGAUGGAAUCGCUCAUUUGGAUCAUCUUCCUAGUCUAUGUUGUGUUCUCUGCUGCUGAACUUGGGAUUGGACUUCUAUUAUUUACCUGCCUGUUUCUGCUAUGUAUAACCACUUCCUUCCACUUCUGGGUCACUAAAAAGAUUGAUGAGACAUCCGAAGCAGAAUCAUAAAUGUGCUGACUUUACCACUGAAUUUUGAUGGGAACUCAAACUACUUUCUCCUUAUUAUCCCUCUGCUAUUUGGUCACAUAAGGAUUCCUUGAGUUACAAAAAAGAUUCUUCAUCACUUUUAUCUACAAAUGAGAGACAGCCUGAGAAAGUUGCCUUCUAGUUUGUGUCUCCCCACCUCAAGUCUCUCCCCAUUCAAACUGAGUGGAUGCCCAUCAACUGGAGAAUGGCUGAAUAAAUUGUGGUAUAUGAAUGUUAUGGAAUAUUAUUGUUCUGUAAGAAAUGACCAGCAGUUAACAUGUUUAACAUGUAUUGGUCAACCUGCCAUCUGCGGGAGAGGGUGGGGAGAAGGAAGGGGAAAUUGGAACAAAGGGUUUUGCAGUUGUCAAUACUGAAAAAUUAUCCAUGCAUAUAUCUUGUAAAUAAAAAGCUAUAUUAAAAAAAACA